UUGGAUCCCUGUAAACGCAAGCACUCUUCAACUAUGCGCUCCAGAACGGCCGCGGCGCCGACGUCGCCGCCGCGAAAGGCCGCGCCGGCGACGUACUCGCGCACUGAUCAUAUAGCCAUGGUCGUGCUCGCGACCGUCGGCUGUCUGCUCCUGCUCGCGCCGCAGCGCGAUCCCGUGUUCACGCACGCGGUGCCGCGGCCGCCGGCGCGCGCCCGCAAUGCGAACUGUAGGAUUCUCAACAGCACCCUCAAGCUCUCGUCCUGCGACGACAACUACGAUGAGAAUUACGUCUAUCCCCUCCUCAUCACGGGUGUGGGCCGCUCCGGCACGCGGUUCGCCGCCAAAACUUUAACGGCACGUGGCUACGACGUGGCGCACGACGACGCGCGCGUUGGCAGAGUAGGUGCUGCGUCGUGGCCGCUCGCGAUCCGCGAGGGGGCCUACGCCUACCAGCUGCCCAACUUCGCGCAAGUCAAUGCGGGCUUCCGCGGCCCGAAUCCGCGGUGGCGCGUCCGCCGCGUCUUCCACCAGACUAGGGAUCCCCUCAAGACCGUGCUAUCGCGGGCGAACUCGGUGGGAAUGAUGGUCUCGCCCUGGAGCUACUCGGACCCGCUGCUGUUCCGCGAUGGCCUGGGUUACUGCCCCGGGUUUCCCCCGGCGAGCGAACUGGAGGCGUGGCGCCGCGACCGGCGCGCCGUCGAGGGGGGCGGCGCCCCCUGGACCCAAGAUAUGCGGCUUCGAGUCGCGUUGUUUCACUACGUCUUCUGGAACGACUGGGUCCGGGCCUACGCCGACUGGACGUACAAAGUGGAAGACUUCGACGCGGACGAGAUAGCAAGGCGCGCGGCGCUGGGCCCGCCGCGGCCGCCGGCGCGCCCCAUACCCGCGGCGGCGGCGGAGAACUCGCGCGCGAUGGACCCGGCGCUCGCGAGCGUGACCUGGGCGGACCUCGAGCGGAUUUCGCCGGUGGUGUGGCGGCGCGCGACGCGGCUGGCGAGGGAGUUUGGCUACGACUACUGAGUUUAAGGGGGC